AUGCCUCUGAUAACCUCAAUCGGCGAGGACUUGCCUCAAAACCAUGUCCACAUCGCAGUUCUUGACACCGAUGUACCAUGUCCUGCCGUCUAUGCGAAACGCGGUAUGCACAGCUCUCGAUUUCGUGUUCUGCUUCAAGCUGCCGCGGAGCGUCUCAACCAAGAUACACAAAAGUUGAAACAUGGAAAUAUCGGGAUCCAUGUGACAGCUUUUGACGUCGUGGGAGGCUCAUAUCCGCCACUUUCGUUCCUAAGAUCUAGCCCACGAUCUUUGAAUAGGACAAAUUCCUGUGAUUCGCCUGGGCCGAUCGAUGUGAUUCUGGUUACUGGUGCUGCUGCCGCGGCAUAUGAUGAUUUGCCAUGGAUUCCAGCACUCCGGUCAUUCAUUCAAACAGUCUACGCAGACCAUCCAUUCGUGAAAAUUUACGGAUCUUGUUUCGGGCACCAACUUAUAGGCCAGGCAUUACUCGAGGGCCAGGAGUGCUCCAUGGGCAAAGAUUUCCCGUCCAAAAUUUCAGUUGAGCCAUCCGUGCUGGGUCAUGAAAUUGGAGUCCAUCCUAUUGUACUGAAUUCAGAAUUCAGUCGCCGAUUUUCCUCACUCGAUGAGUUUUCGUCAGAACGGCCCGUUCAACUACAAGUCAUUCAUGGGGAUAUUGUGACUCCCUCGCAAGAUGUCCCCUCGCAUAUAGGCCCAAAUGAGCUAUCGCUCCCAGUGCCAUGGAUGAAUAUCGGAAGCAGCUCCAAAUGUCUUAUUCAAGGACUCUUCCACCCGGGUCGUGUUCUUACAUUGCAAGGUCACUUUGAAUUUGAUGCAUUUGCUUCAGGGGAACUAUGCCGCCAGUUCGCACGGACAUACAACUGGACACAAUCUCGUUUGGAAACUCAUCUAUCAAAUAUAUGGGGAUCAUUAGAAUCUGUUGAUGGGCCAGCAGGGCCUUAUGAUGACGCAAAAGCGGUAGCAGAGAUGGCUAUGCUAUUCUUUGCAGAUGAAGACCGACUUUUGGCUGCACUUCCAGGGAAGUCUUCAUGA